AUGUCUGUCAAAGUCGCUGUAGCUGGUGGCACCGGAAAUCUCGGGCCUCAUGUCGUCAAUGCAUUACUAGCUGCGAACUAUUCAGUGACAGUCCUCACCCGGAAAGGCAGCACGAGUACUUCGAAGCUUCCUAAGAGCCCCAAUCUCUCCGUCGUCGAAGUAGAUUAUUCUUCAGUUACUUCCUUGACUGAGGCUCUCAAAGGUCAUGAUGUGGUAGUAUCAACUUUGGCUACCGAGUCGCUUGGCAGCCAAUACCCUCUCAUUGACGCUGCGAUUGCCGCUGGCGUCAAACGAUUCAUUCCUUCGGAAUUUGGAAGCGACACCACGCACCCUAAGAGCUCCAAGCUACCGGUGUACAAAUACAAGGUCGAGACCCAACAUUAUCUCCAGGCCAAGUCCGCUGAACACCCCGAGUUCACGUAUACCCUUGUUCUCAACGGCGCUUUCUUAUCCUGGGGCAUCAAAGUCGGCUUCCUUGUCAAUGUCGCCAACCACUCAGCGACAGUCUGGAAUGGUGGGGAUGUUCCGUUUUCUGCUACCAACCUGGAAACCGUCGGAGAGGCCGUGGCUGGCGUGAUUCAGCACCUUCCCGAGACGGCCAAUCGACCGGUUUACGUCCAAGGAGCCCGUAUCACCCAGAACCAGCUCAUCAAAUACGCCAAGGAGAAGGAUGGUGUGGAGUGGCAGCUCACGCCGAAAGAGACCGCAAAAGCCUAUGAGGAAGCGUCUGCCGAGCUCGCCAAGGGCCCGAAUGCCAAUAUAGGUGCGGCAAUGGUAGGCUACCUCAUGAGUGCUAUCUUCGAUGAGAGUUAUGGCCCCGAUUUCUCCUCUCAUCUGGACAACGACCUCCUGGGUAUCAAGGGCAUGACCGAGGCAGAUGUAAGGAAAAUGGUGGAGAGUUUUCUGCCCUCGUCCUCGUCUUUGUGA